UCCGAACCGCGGGGUAUCGCGUGGAGUUAUGAACCCACAUAUGCGGGGCUGGGAUGGAGAGAUAUAAAGCAUCCAUUGUAUCACCUUGGAAAAGUCUUAAAUAUUAAGCUUUCCUGGGUGUUUUCAGGGACAUUGGCUUGCUCUUUUGCCUCCCAGUUGAAUUGCACCGCGCGAUUAUCAAAUCCCAACAUGAAGAAUAUUUUCUUCACCCUCGCGUCCUUGCUCGCGCUGGUUCCAGCUGCCCUGUCCCAGUGCUUCCCGGACACAAACACCUUUUCUCCCAUUCCCUAUGCAGGGCCCAGCCAAGUUCAAUUCACAUCUUGCCCAAGCCAGGCAGAUGGCCCAAGGAUCUUUCCACUCAACGCGACGACGUUCGAUUGGUGGUACUUUGACGCCGUCUCUAGUGAUGGAACUCAGGCUUUCACGGUCAUCUUCUUUACCUCAUCUGCCAUUGGGUUCAGCUUCGACUUCUUCAGCACCGUCGAUCCCUUGAACGUCUGGGUAUUUGCAACCUUUGCGGACGGAACGCCUCCUGCGGUCUUCCCCGUGCCAGCAGUGUCGGUUACUACCACUACGAAUGGCGAUGGAGCGUCGGGAGACUGGAAAGGAAGCGGCAUCAGCUUUAAAGGAGCUCCCGAUCUCAGCUCCUACGUUGUGAACCUGAACAACCCACUUAUUGGCCUCACUGGCACCUUCACCCUGAAAUCGCGUGGUCCGGGACAUUAUAACUGUGGCCCUCUUGGACCUGGCCAGGAUGAACAGUCACUGCCCAAUAUCGGCUGGGUUAAUGUUAUGCCAGGUGCUGAUGCAGUGGUGGAUGUUAAGGUCCUUGGCAAGCCCCUGAAGUUUACGGGACAUGGAUAUCAUGACAAGAACUGGGGAGACGUCCCCUUCAUCUCAGCUCUGAAGAGUUGGUACUGGGGCCACGCGAGCGUUGGUGGUUACGACCUCGUUUUCUUCGACAUGAUCGACCCAUCAGGAGCCAACAAGGUCGGUGGUUAUGCUCUGAAGGAUGGCCAAGUCGUCGCGUCUACCUGCACAACCGGUGUUAAGAUCCGACCUAUCGACACCCCAUAUCCUCCAACCAUCUUCACUACUGUCCCCAAGGCGUUGACUCUCAAUAUGACUCUUAAUGAUGGGAGUCACCUGGAUGCUGUCUUGACUCAGACGUCGACGCAGAUUAAUAUCGGGAUAUAUGUUCGUUGGGUUGGUACUAUUGAGGCCACUAUUGGAGGUGUUACCGCAACCGGAGCGGCGUUGUGGGAGCAAUUUGCUGUUUCUGCAACAUAAAUAUAGGAAGCCCUUAAGGCGGCAAGGAGCUUAGGUUCCACGCCAUGCCUAUUAGCACAAUUUAGAGAGUAUUAAGCCAUGAAUUUUAAGCUUGUAUACGGCAGAGCAGACGGGAUGCACAAUUCUCUUAAGUCCAU